GGGACAUGCGCGCUCUGCCCAGCAGAGAAAUAACUACGUCCACUCAACUUUUUAGGAGUUGACUUUUCCAUGUGUUGUGUGUUUAUGGGACAUGAGUGAAGAUGAAUGAGGAUGCGUUCGAGGUCCCGGAGAGGACUGAGUACCGCUACCUGGUGCAGGAGGAGGACGAGGAGGAGGUGCAGUACGUCCGUCACAGACACUACAUCAGCCCGCUCCUGGUGCUCUCCAGACGCUGCAUCUUCCUCAUCUGCUUUGCUGUGCUCGCUCUGCUCUCUCUCGCCACCUACCUGGGAUACAUCGCCCAGACGCUGCCGCCGGGGAUUGCCGAGGUGUCGACGGACUGUGGAGAGUUCAGAGGAAGACAUAAAAAUGGAGCCUACUCCUUUAAGGGCAUGCCCUAUGCUGCGCCCCCUGUUGGUAACCUGCGUUGGGCCCCUCCAGCUGCACCGGUGUGCAAGGGCGGAGUAAAGGACGCAAGCCACUUCCGCAAUAUGUGCCCUCAGGUGCGGCCAAUGACGAGCACGGGGAGGGUGAUGGGCCAGGAGGACUGCCUCUUCAUCAACGUGUGGACGCCAACGCUGCAGCCUGAUGCCAAGCUGCCCGUCAUGGUGUGGAUCCACGGAGGAUACCUGCACGUACUCAGUGGAGGAGAGCCGGGCUACUCGCCCACAGAGAAGCUUGCCGCUGACACACAGAUGGUCUACGUCAGCUUCAACUACAGACUCAACGCCUUCGGCUUCAUGGCGCUGGAGAUCCUGAGAGAAGGUUCUCCAAAAAACACUUCAGGGAACUAUGGCUUCAUGGACCAGAUCACAGCUCUGAAGUGGGUCCAGAGGAACAUCCAUGUGUUUGGAGGAGAUCCUGGGAAAGUCACUAUAAUGGGACAGAGCUCAGGUGGGACAUCAGUGUGGACCAUGAUGAUGUCUCCGUUGGCGAAGGGUCUCUUCCAUGCAGCGGUGGACAUGAGCGGCUCGUACAUCUUCAAUGCAACACUCGAGCAGGCCGAGUCCAACAACCUGGUUUUCCUGAGGAAGACGGGCUGCACGGACCUGACCUGCCUCAGACGUCUCACCAUCAAACAGGUCCUGCAGGCUAUCCCAUGGCAGGAGUACCCAGCCUGGGCAGCAGAUGACCUCAUAGACCUCCCUGUCAAAGGGAGGUUUAUCGGUCCUGUUGCCGUGGUGGAUGGAUACGUCAUUGAAGCUCCACCUUUUGAGGUGUGGAAGAACAAAGGGGAGCACAGUGACGUUCCUUUUGUCAUCGGGACCACAGAGCAGGAGGCUGACUUCAGUCCCCCGGCCGCAAACAUCUCCAUGUGGACAUGGGAGGACUACCAGUGGUUCGUGACAGAGAAACUUCAGUCCUUCAGUGAGAGUCUCCCCAUAGAGGCGUUGAAACUGUAUCCGAGCCCUGCCCACUGCCCCACCACAGACUGCUGUCCGGAGAGGGCCUACACCACCAUGGUGUCUGACAUCAGAGUCACCUGUCCCCUCAACGACCUGGCCUGGAGGGCUGCAGCCGUGUAUGUGUAUGUAUGGGGCGAGCUGGACUGACUGUGUGCUGAAUUUCCAUGCCAGGUACGCUUUGUGUUGUUUUGUGUUCAUUUGUGGAUUGGUUGAACAGUCGGACCUCGCUGCCUCCGGGCCGUGUAUGUGUAUGUAUGGGGCGAGCUGGACUGACUGUGUGCUGAAUUUCCAUGCCAGAUGAGAAUAAACUGCCGCCACGGUGAAAAAGUCUACCUUGCCAUUGAUUACACAACGCAAGAGGAGUAUAAGAACCGCUACAAUGGUGCCGUGACCCGUUCGUGACUGCAGUGGUACCGGCGUCUGUCCGUCUCCAUGGUGACGCCGUGAGCUCGACGUGGGACCGGUGGCUCUUCACGCAUCUGCGUCGCCUGUUCUUCAUUCAUUCCCUCGGUAUCCUGAGCCCGUUUGUUGCAUUGAACCAGGGUUUGGACUGUGUUUUUUUGUUUGUUUGUUAUAUGGUGGCCUGUCAGUGCCAUUAAAAAAAAAAAAAAAAAAAGUUUCGUUGUGUGCUGCAGUAAUGAACAUGUUUUUGAUAUGAAGAUGCAUUUUAAUGUGUGUUAGUGGGGAUAUAUAUUUCUCUUUUUGUCAUUCGCUAUCAUAAGUGAGGCUCAUUUAAUAUAUAAAUCCCCCAAGAUAUUUUUUUCUUUCCAUUUGAGAUAACUGUCAAAAAAAAAAUAAAAAAAU